AUGUCGGCCGGACCGCUUGUGGAAUAUGCCGGUGUUACCGGUGUUGCCGACGACGGUGGCAACGCGAUGCUCGAGGACCUGAACGUCUACUACUCGUCGGGCGAUUUCGCAUGGAUCGUUACCUCCUCGGCCCUCGUCCUCCUCAUGAUCCCUGGCGUCGGUUUCUUCUACAGCGGUCUGGCGCGCCGCAAGUCGGCGCUAGCAUUAAUCUGGUUGUCGUUGAUGUCGACAGCCGUGGUUGGCUUCCAAUGGUUCUUCUGGGGCUACUCGCUCACCUUCUCCCACACGGGGAGCGCCUAUAUCGGAGACCUCACCAACUUUGGUCUGAUGAAGGUUCUGGCUCAGCCUAGUGUCGGGAGCACCAAGGUCCCGGACCUUUUGUUCUGCCUUUACCAGGGCAUGUUCGCCGCGAUCACCCCGGCGCUCGCCAUCGGCGCUGCCGCUGACCGCGGCCGCAUGCUCCCCUGCGUUGUCUUCAUGUUCAUCUGGGCCACGAUUGUCUACGACCCGAUUGCGUACUGGACCUGGAACGCCAACGGUUGGUCCUUCAAGAUGGGUGGCCUUGAUUUUGCCGGCGGUACUCCCGUCCAUAUCAGCUCCGGUGCCGCCGCCCUCGCCUACUCGCUCAUGCUCGGAAAACGGACCGGCUAUAACAAGGUCAACGGCCUCCCUUACCGCCCCCACAACGUCACUCACGUUGUCCUCGGUACCGUGUUCCUCUGGGUCGGCUGGUUCGGCUUCAACGGCGGCAGCGCGCUUGCCGCCAACCUCCGCGCCGUCAUGGCCUGCAUUGUGACUCACAUUGCGGCCUGUGUCGGCGGCUUCACCUGGUGCCUGCUGGACUACCGCCUCGAGAGAAAGUGGAGCACUGUCGGCUUCUGCAGCGGUGUCAUUGCCGGUCUGGUCGCUAUCACCCCUGCCGCUGGCUUUGUUCCCCCUUGGGCGGCCGUCAUCUUCGGUAUCGUUGCUGGCAUUGUUUGCAACUUCGCUACCAAGCUCAAGUUCCUCAUUGGCAUUGACGAUGCUCUCGAUAUCUUUGCUGAGCACGGCGUUGGCGGCAUUGUUGGAAAUUUGCUGACAGCUCUUUUUGCUUCCGAUUACAUUGCCCAUCUGGACGGCUUUACCACGAUUCCCGGUGGCUGGGUCAACCAAAACUACAUCCAGCUCGGUUACCAGCUUGCCGACAGUGUGGCUGGGUUCUCGUACUCGUUUGUCAUGACCUGCGUCAUCUUGUUCCUCAUGAACCUCGUUCCCGGUCUGUCGCUGCGCGUCAGCCCCGAGCAGGAAGAGAUUGGUCUCGACGAUGGCCAGCUCGGCGAGUUCGCGUACGACUAUGUCGAGAUUGCUCGCCACAUAUCCGGCGACGUCACUGGCAUCUCUGGCAGCCCUAGCCAUAGCAUCAAGGGUGAUCACCCGGAGAAGACUGCUUAG